GUGUGGCCCCAGAAGUGCCACCUGUCAGUGCUCAUCAGUGCCACGUGCCAGUGCCCAUCAGUGCCACCCAUCAGUGCCAGUCAGUGCCACCUAUCAAUGCCAAUCAGUGCCACCUAUCAGUGCUGCCAAUCAGUGCCACCUAUCAGUGCCAGUCAGUGUAGCUUAUCAGUGCGCAUCAGUGCCAGUCAGUGCCGCCUAUCAGUGCCAUUACUGCCGCCUAUCAGUGCCAGUCAGUGCUGCCUAUCAGUGCCAGUCAGUGCCGCCUAUCAGUGUCAUGUAUCAGUGUCAUGUAUCAGUGCUGCCUUUCAGUGCUCAUCAGUGAUGCCUGUCAAUGCCCAUCAGUGCAAC